AUGCGCUCGCUGAUCGAUCUGCCGAUUGCCACGUGCGGUCCCGGGCGGGUGGUGCACGACGCGUACGCCCGCGCUGGGGCCUCCUGGAGAGACAUGCAAAUAUACCAUCCGCCCGUCUACGAGAUUCGAUAUCGCCGUGAGCCCGAGGCCGAAUCUGCGAUUGUAACGGUGCCAUACGGCGUGCGCCUGGGACAAGUCUACGAUGUGCUGGUCGCCAUCACGAGCAACACCAAGGGCUUCUCGUGGGGCGAGGUUCGGCUGACGUGGCCACAAGCGUCGACCGCGGAGGACUCUGCGGCGAAACCGGACGGUGCAGAGAAUAAAGACGGCGAGAAGGCGGUCCCUCGAGACUAUAUUCUGUUGGAAAAGGUGCACCAUGUAUUGGCCAAGAUGUGCGAAUGCUCGAAUGACAUGAAGCAUGGCUACGACUGCGAGUAUGAUGAAGCGAAAAGGAUGCUGCUACGGAUAGCUUCAAACAAAUGGAGGAUCAAUAGUAGGGGGUUCAAAGAGCAGGAUCUGCUGGUGAAGGUUUAG